AACCUCAAAUUUUCUCAGAUUGUUUCAAUUUUAGAGUUAGAAUAGAGACUGAGAAGUACGUCCUUUCAGAUUGCAGAAUCUUAGGGAGAAAGAGAAGGAAAAAGAGGCAGGACUCUGGGUCCGGAAUGAGUCUGAGUAGCUGAAAUGGUAAAGACUCUCCCAGAACCAGGUAGACUGGUUGACUGCAGCAAGCACCACUCCCUGGAAUAUUCGUGUACUCCAGCUCCCACCUGAGGAUGCACUGUGUAGAGAAGAACUAGGAGGAGAAGAGUCAGCCCCACAGUGGGACCAGAGUUCCCUGCUGCUCCUGAAGGGCUAAGAAAAGAGCCUAGAAAAGCAAGGAAUUUGCUAGUGACCCAAAGGUGGUGAAGUGAAGGGCCACAAAAACAGGAAGCUUCAAGCCAAGACAGAUCGGGAAGACGAGGUAGAAAGAGCUGCACAUACAUCUCAAGUCCAACUUCCCAAACAGUUUCCAGAGAUGGAUCGUCUUACUUUCCUUUUGGCUAUUCUUCAUGUAUACAAAGCUAUAUGUGAAGAGAUAUUCUGGGAUACAACUGUUAAACUUGCGGAAAAUAUGACAUUGGAAUGUGUGUAUCCACCAGGGGACACAGUAACCCAAAUGGAAUGGUACAAAAUCAAUGGGACAGAUAAAGACCACAUAGCCAUUUUCAGCCCUUCUUAUGGGGUGAUCAUAAGGCAGCCCUAUGACAAUAGGGUCUGCUUUUUAAAUUCAACGAUGGCUCUCAACGAUAUGACCCUGUCCUUUCAUAACACCUCCGAAGCGGACGUGGGCUUCUAUUCCUGCCUUCUUCAUACUUUCCCACAUGGAACUUGGCAAAAGGUGAUACAAGUGGUUCAGUCAGAUAGUUUCGAGAUAGCUGUGCCGUCCGAUAGCCACAUAUUCUCAGAUGCUGGAGAAAACGUCACCCUUAGCUAUGAGCUUCAGAUGACGUGGCAAGCGCAGCAGGCCACCUGGGAGAAGAUCCAGCCCCACCAGAUCGACCUCUUAGCUUACUGCAACCUGUCCCAGGGGAGGAGUUACCCAUCCAAGUACCCAAGACAGAUCCUGAGCAGCUGCACCCCGGAGGGCAGGCACAGCUUCAUUAUAAUCCCGCAGGCCACAGCCUCGGACUCGGGGCUUUACCGCUGCAGCGUCAAGGCCAGCACCGGUGAGAACGCAACCUUUGUGAUGAGACUGACCGUGGCCGAUGGGAAAACCAAUAACCACUACAUCCUCUUUGUGGCCACAGGGACGGUUUUAUUGUUGCUUGUUAUCGUAGUUAUCAUCAUCACUGUCAUUUCAUGUAACAGAAGGAGAAAGAGACAGAAAAUAAUUCGUCUUAAAGAGUUCUGGGAUUCAAAGACUAAGGCAGGCAACAAUUAUAGGUGUCCCAACUCCACCAACCAACCUGUGGAUGAUGCAAGAGAGGAUAUUUACGUCAACUACCCAACCUUCUCUCGCAGACCAAAGACUCGAACCUAAGCUUUCUCCUUGAUUGAUCAAAUCAGUGAUGGCUAUUAUGCACCUGGAUCUUUAUGCAAUGUUUUCCCACUACCCAACCUUCUCUCGCAGACCAAAGACUCGAACCUAAGCUUUCUCCUUGGUUGAUCAAAUCAGUGAUGGCUAUUAUGCACCUGGAUCUUUAUGCGAUGUUUCCCACUACCCAACCUUCUCUCGCAGACCAAAGACUCGAACCUAAGCUUCUUCUUGGUUGAUGAAAUCAGUGAUGGCUAUUAUGCACCUGGAUCUUUAUGCAAUGUUUUCCCACUACCCAACCUUCUCUCGCAGACCAAAGACUCGAACCUAAGCUUUCUCCGUGAUUGAUCAAAUCAGUGACGGCUAUUAUGCACCUGGAUCUUUAUGCGAUGUUUCCCACUACCCACUGUCUACCUUGGGCACUAGUAGACUGAAUUAUUCUGAUAGGAAAAAUGCCUCAUUACCUAAAAACAUUCUUAACAGAAAUGUUUCAAAAAACCUGAACCUAGUUAGUAAUUCAGUAACCUAAUUCAGCAGUCAUUCGAUCCAGGGGAGAUCAAGCUUCAGGCAAGGGUCAUCGACCAGGGUUUAAAUGUUGUGUUUAGAACUAAGCACGGACAUAACUGGUUUCUGGAACCUCUUCUACAGCAUCAGACCCACUUCCCUGGUGCUGACUUAAUUCUUGUGCAGGCUUUCCCCUAGUGUUUCCAAAUGCUGCCAAUAACUCCUGGUAAUUCACACAUUCUUGUUUUUGUCUGGUAGAGAAUUUCUCUUUGUCAUUAAACAAGCGUCAAUUCAGGGUUCAACUCUAGAUCGGAGGGGUGACACUAGAGCACAUUAUUGGGCAGUUCAAGGUAACCUUAGAAGAGGAAAAGGAAGCCUCACUGGGGAGAUUACCAACAAUCUGACUGCGAUGACAAAACAUUCUAAGACAUCUUUUUAACCAUCUAAAAAACUGAAUAUGGACUGGAUAUGGCCAGUAUUCUCUAUUUACUUCUAGAAUCUGCUACAUCAGCAUAGACCAGGAGAGUGCCUGGCUACCUCUGACUUUAAAUAGAAUUCUGCUACUAUCCACUCCUAGUCUAAUGAGCAAGCGUAGUAUAUGAUCCAAUAAUAAUUAAUGUUUUUGAAAUUGACUUUUUGUACUUUCGAGAAUUAUUUUUAAUAUGUAAGUUCUUUAAAAGAGUCAAGUACCUAGGCAUUAUAAAUUUAUUAUGUGAAAUUCAAAUACACAAAAAAAGAAGGAUAGCAGAUGUACAAAUGUACAUAAGCAAAGGAAGUAAGUUAUGGAAUAGUGUACCACACCAGAGUAUAUACACUCCAUAUAUACUUCCAAAAAUUAAAAAAAAAACCUAGAUUAAUUAUAAAACUGCAAGUAUUGAAGUUGUAUACCUGAUACUAAUUCAAAUUCUCAUGUUGUCUAGACAGAUUUUAAGUUGUACUUUACAGUUUUAAGCUAAAUAGUAGAUAUUAUACAAUUUUAGCGUUAAAUACCGUAAUGUCAAAUAAUACAAUUAUUCUGUGAAUUGCAGAAAUUGCAAGAUUUUUAUGACCUCAAACACAUUUCAUAAAGGAAAAAAGUAAAAAUGACCAUUUCCCAGUUGUACUAAUGUAUAUGUAAGAAGAGCUAAACCUCAUUUUUGCUGUUUACUUAAAGAUCUUGGUAUUUGGAUUCUCAAAGUAUUUCCACAAAUAUAUUAUUCUAACAAAGUCAAAAUAAAGUUUACAAGAAAAUACUCUACUAUCAAAUCUAGCAAAGAUUUCUUGGUGGGCUCUAUCAGUUUGCAUAGCACAGCAAACUUAGCAUCAUUUAAAUGGUAACAUUUCUCUUUUCCUUAGAAGUUUAAAGACUUUCAAAAUAUUGCUCUCUGGGAUGUUCUGAUAACCAAAUUCUCAGUGGUUAAUAGAGGCAAGAAGGAAAACAUUUCUAUAAUUGCAAUAUAGGGAAGCUUAAAUUCCACUUUAACAGAUAAAAUAUCCACUGGAGUGUGGACAGUCCAACCAGAUGCCAUUGUCAUGGUGGCUUUUAGUUAGAGUUUUUGGAAGACUUCAUGCCAACCAUUGCAGGGCUGCCAAGCCUCCAGAACAUUUGGAACUUAUCUCUUUUUCCAUGGGUGUUUUAAUUUUUAAAAAAAUCUCUCACUCAAAAUAUUUAUGAGAACUAUUUACUCUGUCACAUUCUUCUUUUCUACAUAUUCUUCCUCUGCAGAGUUCAGAAUUUUUAAGGAACGUGGAGCCAUCCUAAGUCCUACAGAAAAUCCUCCGGCCUCCCUGCUGCUUCUGUUAUACUCUCAGCUGAUAAGCUGAGGACUUUCUGUUCAUUAUUUUUCUUUUCCUGAUAAUUUUUACUUACAAAACACGUUCAUUGUAGUCUCUUUUAUAUUAUACCGAAUUCACUAGAAUUUUGGAACUCUAGCUAAUUAAAAAAUUCAUUAUAUAUAUGUAUAUAUGUGUAUGUGUGUAUAUAUGUGUAUAUACAUAGUAUAGUCCCCACUCUUCUGCACCUACUAUUCUGGUUGUUACUAACAAAACGGAUCAGAACAGAACCACAGAAUGAGAAAAUCAAAAUUGGAAUAAAUUAUGUUUUAAAUCUUCUUUUAGAAGGUGCUGCUUUGGAGACAAGUUGCUUAAGAAUUUUUUUAACGUAUGCAGUUUAUAUUGAUAUACAACACAACAUUAAAUAAAAUCCGUGCUUCCUUUGCAUGCCAUUAUUUUAAUAUUUACAUUAAAGUAACCAAUUAAAGAAAAUAGUAAGAUAGUAACAGGCAUGCACGUUUGUUCAAUGCCAUUACAGAGUACACAGUUUUGUCAGGGAAGGAACACAUCUCAUUAACCUACUGUGACUAUGUACUGACUAUAUUAUCAUCAGAGAGACCAUCAAAUCCUAUUUAAAGCCCUUUAUGUGUGCUGAGGAAAUAGAACAGAAAUUUAAUUAGCUUGUAAUCAUGCUUAUGGAUGGGAAGCAGGUGGGUAAGGAUAUGAUUUUCAGUUAGUAAAGCUUCAAGUUUAUAGAAUGUUUUAAGAUCAGUUUAUUACUAAAAUAGUAUAUACAAAAAUUUAAAAUACAUUGGUUAUCAAUUUAGAAAGUAACGUGGGAUGGGCCUCUGGCACAGUGGUUAAGGCCCUGGAUCCCACAUGGACACCCAUACAGUCUUCGACUCAGUAGCUUGAAAAACAUGGUGGGUGCAUGUGCAUGUGUGCCCCAGAUCCCAAAAGAAAUGGAAAAGGAAUUGUGACAUGGCCAUCCUCCAUGGGGGUGUUUUCUCACCCUUUCUCUGUCUUUUUCUGUGUACACAUGCCCUCUUAUAAAAUUUUAAAAAAUAUGUGCUGUAUUGUACACUGCUUGUAUGAAAUUUCAGUAGACUGAAGAUAUUUAUAGAAUGAAGAUACUCUAAAGUAUAAGUGAGAUACAAGUUGGAAUACAAAGUAGUUUUUUUCUACAGCAGUGAUUAAAAAAAACAUUGAAAAGUAUAGAACAACAUAAGCAUGUAAGUCAUCAUUUUAUUAUUAUUAAUAAUUUGACUACUAUUAAACUGUAAUGCCUGGUGGCUAGCAGGUGUCAUGAUGGUUAAGGCACUGGACUCCCACAUGCUGACUGUGGUUUGAGUCACAGACUUGGUGACUUGCUUUCUCAAUUACCCCCUCUCUCUCUUUAUGUCUCUAUCUUUCUCUGGUGAAAGCACAUUCCAUAUAGCUAAUUUAAAAUAAUAAUAAAUGAAAUUAAAUCAUUCUUUAAAAAAAGUGUAAUGCCCUGCAUGCCUUCACUUUCAGGCUUUCCCAUGGGACUGUAUAUUUUUUCAUUGGUCUGUUUAUUGGAAUUACCCUCACUACAUCUCUGGGCUCUUAGACAUCUGAAAACUAAGAUUGAAUUUGGUCUUUAUAAAUUUCUCUAUAGCUAGUGAGUCAGUAAGCAGAAUAACAGUUUAUACAUUUACUGCAAUGCUUUCUAAGAAACAGUUUUAAAUCUUCAAGGUUUGUUUACAUGUUGUAUGUAUUUUUUUGUACUCGAAGCACUAAUUAAAUUGUAAGAUGUUGUAAGAAGAGAUCUCAUUUGGGGAUAUGAGUGAAAAAUGUCCAGAAUAGUCCUGGCUUAUCACCUACUGUCUCCGUUCGAAUGCCAAGUUAUGUGGUCACCCUAUUUAAACACUCUCCAGUUCUCAGUUUUUGUAGGACAUGCAAAUGUUUUUCUCGAUGUACUGUAUUCUGUUGUUUGGAAUAAAUAAAAUGUAGCAUACCACAA